AAAAAAAAUGACAUUUAUAGACUUAUUACUCUUUUGCCUUAUUCCCUUUCUCUUCAUUUUCCUCAUCAAAUUCCAAAAAACAAGAAAAAACCCCAUUUCAUCAAAUACUAAAAUACCAAAAUCAUAUCCUAUUAUUGGUUCUUAUUUUUCCAUAUUAGCAAAUCAAGAACAAAGAGUUCAAUGGAUAUCUGAUAUUAUCCUUAGCACCCCUAAACUUACUUUUACUCUAAUUCGACCCCUCAAUUUCCACACAAUUUUCACUGCUAAUCCAUCUAAUGUUCAACACAUUCUCAAAACAAACUUCCCUGUUUACCAAAAAGGCCAUAAUUCAAAUUCUACUCUUGCUGAUUUCCUUAGUAAUGGUAUUUUCAACGUCGAUGGCGAUAUAUGGAAGUAUCAACGACAAGUUGCUAGCCACGAAUUCAACACUAGAUCAUUACGAAAAUUCGUUGAAUCUGUAGUUGAUAUUGAGGUCUCGGAACGUUUAAUUCCCAUACUCGCUAAUGCUGCUGCUGAGAAAAAAGUUGUUGAUAUUCAAGACAUUUUACAAAGAUUUGCAUUUGAUAACAUUUGUAAAAUUGCAUUUGGAUAUGAUCCAGAGUAUUUGUUACCAAACCUGCCUGAAGCAGAAUUCGCGGUAGCAUUUGAAGAUUGCGUUAGAUUAAGUAGUGAAAGAUUCAUUCUUCCAUUUCCGUUGAUUUGGAAAAUUAAACGUGUUUUCGGUAUUGGUUCUGAGAAGAAAUUACGAAUUGCAGUUGAAAAAGUACGUGAAUUCGCGAAAAAACUAGUGAGGGAGAAACAGAGGGAGUUGAAUGAGAAGUCAUCAUUGGAUUCAGCAGAUUUGUUGUCGAGAUUUUUGAGUACUGGUCAUUCUGAUGAAGAUUUCGUUGUUGAUAUAGUGAUAAGUUUUAUUUUGGCAGGACGUGACACGACUUCAGCUGCAUUGACAUGGUUUUUCUGGUUGAUUUCGAAGAAUCCAGAGGCGGAAUCUGAAAUAUUAAAAGAAAUUGGGGAAAAAGAAGAAGAUGUUUUAAUGCGAUAUGAUGAAGUAAAAAACAUGAUGUAUACUCAUGCUUCACUUUGUGAAAGCAUGAGAUUUUAUCCUCCGGUACCAAUGGAUUCGAAAGAAGCAGUUAAAGAUGAUGUAUUGCCUGAUGGUACAUUUGUGAAGAAGGGGACGAGGGUUACUUAUCAUCCUUACGCAAUGGGAAGAUCAGAGGAGAUUUGGGGGGAAGAUUGGGCGGAAUUCAAGCCAGAGAGAUGGUUGAAUAAGGAUGAAGUGACGGGGAAUUGGAUGUUUGUUGGAAAAGAUGCAUUCACUUAUCCUGUUUUUCAAGCAGGACCGCGAGUUUGUUUAGGGAAAGAAAUGGCGUUUUUGCAAAUGAAGAGGGUGGUGGCUGGUGUUUUGCAGCGGUUUAAGGUGGUUCCGGUGGUGGAGAAAGGGGUGGAGCCGAUGUUUAUAUCGUAUUUGACGGCCAAGAUGAAAGGAGGUUUCCCUGUUACUAUUGAGGAAAGGAUGUAGGAGUAGUAGUCUCAUGAACAAAAUGUGAAAAAACAAGUUUAUUGCGUGUGUUUUUAGAUUAUUUGCUUUUUGAUAAUUGAUUUGUAGUAAUGAUUGAUGAGUAUAUUGUUUUUCUAAUAA